CCGGAUAGCCGGCGGCGGCGGCGGCGGCCGCGAGAGGCCCCUCCUUCACGCCUUCCUUCUUUCGCUCGCUAGCAGCCGAGCGGAGCCGGCGGACCCGGCGGGGCCCCCAACCUUUCCCGGCCAUGGCCGGCAACGUGAAAAAGAGCUCCGGGGCCGGGGGCGGUGGCGGCUCCGGGGGCUCGGGCUCCGGAGGCCUGAUCGGGCUCAUGAAGGACGCCUUCCAGCCGCACCACCACCACCACCACCUCAGCCCCCACCCGCCGGGGACGGUGGACAAGAAGAUGGUGGAGAAGUGCUGGAAGCUCAUGGACAAGGUGGUGCGGUUGUGUCAGAACCCAAAGCUGGCGCUAAAGAAUAGCCCACCUUAUAUCUUAGACCUGCUGCCAGAUACCUACCAGCAUCUCCGUACUAUCUUGUCAAGAUAUGAGGGGAAGAUGGAGACACUUGGAGAAAAUGAGUAUUUUAGGGUGUUCAUGGAGAAUUUGAUGAAGAAAACUAAACAGACCAUAAGCCUCUUCAAGGAGGGGAAAGAAAGAAUGUAUGAGGAGAAUUCUCAGCCUAGGCGAAACCUAACCAAGCUGUCCCUGAUCUUCAGCCACAUGCUGGCAGAACUAAAAGGAAUCUUUCCAAGUGGACUCUUUCAAGGAGACACGUUUCGGAUUACUAAAGCAGAUGCUGCGGAAUUUUGGAGAAAAGCUUUUGGGGAAAAGACAAUUGUCCCUUGGAAGAGCUUUCGACAGGCCCUACAUGAAGUACAUCCCAUCAGUUCUGGGCUAGAGGCCAUGGCCCUGAAAUCCACUAUUGAUUUGACCUGCAAUGAUUAUAUUUCUGUUUUCGAAUUUGACAUCUUUACACGACUAUUUCAGCCCUGGUCCUCUUUGCUCAGGAAUUGGAACAGCCUUGCUGUAACUCAUCCUGGUUACAUGGCUUUUCUGACGUAUGAUGAAGUGAAAGCUCGGCUCCAGAAAUUCAUACACAAACCUGGCAGUUACAUCUUCCGCCUGAGCUGUACUCGUCUGGGUCAGUGGGCUAUUGGGUACGUUACUGCCGAUGGAAACAUUCUUCAGACAAUCCCUCACAAUAAACCUCUCUUUCAAGCACUGAUUGAUGGCUUCAGGGAAGGCUUCUAUUUGUUUCCUGAUGGACGAAAUCAGAAUCCUGACCUAACAGGCUUAUGUGAACCGACUCCCCAAGACCACAUCAAAGUGACCCAGGAACAAUACGAAUUAUACUGUGAGAUGGGUUCCACGUUCCAGCUGUGUAAAAUAUGUGCUGAAAAUGAUAAGGAUGUAAAGAUUGAGCCCUGUGGACACCUCAUGUGCACAUCCUGUCUCACAUCCUGGCAGGAAUCAGAAGGUCAAGGCUGUCCUUUCUGCCGAUGUGAAAUUAAAGGUACUGAGCCCAUUGUGGUAGAUCCAUUUGACCCUAGAGGAAGUGGCAGCCUAUUGAGGCAAGGAACAGAGGGAGCUCCUUCCCCAAAUUAUGAUGAUGAUGAUGAUGAACGAGCCGAUGAUUCUCUCUUCAUGAUGAAGGAGCUGGCUGGUGCCAAGGUGGAAAGGCCUCCUUCUCCAUUCUCUAUGGCCCCACAAGCUUCCCUUCCCCCAGUGCCACCACGACUUGACCUUCUGCAACAGCGAGUAUCUGUUCCUUCAAGUGCUUCUGGUCUUGGAACUGCUUCUAAGGCUGCUUCUGGCUCCCUUCAUAAAGACAAACCAUUGCCAGUACCCCCCACACUUCGAGAUCUUCCACCACCACCUCCUCCAGAUCGGCCUUAUUCUGUUGGAGCAGAAAACCGGCCUCAGAGACGGCCCCUGCCUUGUACACCAGGCGAUUGUCCAUCCAGAGACAAACUGCCCCCUGUCCCCUCUAGCCGUGUUGGGGACUCAUGGCUGUCCCGGCCAAUCCCCAAAGUACCAGUAGCUGCUCCAAGUCCCAGUGACCCCUGGACAGGAAGAGAAUUAACCAACCGGCACUCACUUCCAUUUUCAUUGCCCUCACAAAUGGAGCCCAGAGCAGAUGUGCCUAGGCUCGGAAGCACAUUCAGUCUGGAUACCUCCAUGAAUUUUUGGCCCCUCGCACUUUGGCUGUCAUGCCACUUAAUUUCAUACUUGAAAGUUUUAUGGCUUCUUAAUUCUUUUUCUUAUUUUUAUUCUUCAUCUUCCAGACCUCUUCCGGUGCCAAAACUGCCUUCUGGGGAGCAGUGUGAAAAUGAGGAGGACACAGAGUAUAUGACUCCCUCCUCUAGGCCUCUCCGGCCUCCAGACACAACCCAGAGUUCACGAGUAUGUGAUUGUGACCAGCAGAUGGAUAGCUGUACAUAUGAAGCAAUGUAUAAUAUUCAGUCCCAGGCGCCACCCGUCACCGAGAACAGCACCUCUGGUGAAGGGAAUUUGGCUGCAGCCCAUGCCAGCACUGGCCCUGAGGAAUCAGAAAAUGAGGAUGACGGGUAUGAUGUCCCUAAACCACCUGUGCCGGCAGUGCUGGCCCGCCGCACUCUCUCAGAUAUCUCUAAUGCCAGCUCCUCCCUCGGCUGGUUGUCUCUGGAUGGUGAUCCCACAACAAAUUUCACUGAGGGCUCCCAAGUUCCUGAGAGGCCCCCUAAACCAUUCCCUCGGAGAAUCAACUCGGAACGGAAAGCAGGGAGCUGUCAGCAGGGUGGCGCUGCUGCUGCUGCUGCCGCCGCUGCCGCUGCCUCACCACAGCUCUCCAGUGAGAUCGAGAACCUCAUGAGUCAGGGCUACUCCUACCAGGACAUUCAGAAAGCUUUGGUCAUUGCCCACAACAACAUCGAGAUGGCCAAAAACAUCCUCCGGGAAUUUGUUUCAAUUUCUUCUCCUGCCCACGUAGCCACCUAGCAUACUACCUCCUGCUGCAGCUUUAGUGGACCGGUGAGCUGGGAGCUCUUAUGUAGCGCCUGGAAGGGCAAGGGUUCCUCUGGAGACUUCACAGUGAAGUCUUGCCCUCUCUGUGGGUAUCACAUCUGUGGUUCCAAGAUUUCAAAGCAAUGGAAUGAAAAUGGAGCAGCUAGUGUAUUUUAUUAUUUUAUAGGUCCUGAGGGUGCAUUUGAGGUUGUCCUUCAGUCCCCACUGAGAGAAGGUGUGGAUUUCGUUACAUGGUAGUCUACCUGGGGAACAGUUCAGAAAGCCGUAGAAUAAGUAUUGUAUAAGUGCUGUAAAUCCUAAUUGAGGACUUAAGAUUUUCCUGGGUUAAGGAUGUAGCCAUGUGUCUGUCUGUCUGCCUGUGGUUGUGUGUGUCCUUGUGAUUAUAGGAUUAACCUGCUGUGUGUGUUAAUCCCAGGCAGGGAAUUAGCACAAGAGGUUUAGAAAGGAAUCUUUUAAAGACUUCCAUCUACUGUGGUAUUAUACCCAACCCCUAGUGUGUGUUACAACUUCAACACUCCCCUUUGGCUUAGAUUAUUUUGUGCAUAGCUAAAGUCUUAUAUUUUUAGAACAUCCUCCCUCUGUUCUUUCCCGUAUCAGCUCCUUCCUUCUCCUCCUCCUCCUCCUCCUCCUCCUCUUCCUCCUCUUCCUCUUCCUCAGUGUUCUGUCAUUGGCAGUGGGCUUGCUAUGACCAGCUGUACUGAGGCCAAGGAGCUUAUGGGAUGUUCUUUAUUAUGUGUGAUGGUGUUGGUUUGUUUGGUAGAUAGGUGGGAGGAAAAGUACUGUUGAUAUAUCAUUAUAGUCAUGUUUGAUACUAGGAGCUAACACUGGUCACUCCAAAGCACUGUUUCUAUAGGAACAUUGAAUUUGUUAAGAUGUUUUAAUUAUCCUAAUUACAUAAUGCCUGAUUUGAGAUAGAGGCCUUCAAAUACAUUCCAUGCCCUCCCCAGAAAAUAGUCUGUGGGAGUAUGUUGCCUUGGUGCCAGGUAUGUGUUCUGAUAUAGGUCAUGAGUCUUUCUACUAAUGGGAGGGAAGAACAUUUGUUUCCAGGAUGACUUUCUGGCCCAAAUACCAUGAAGGUUUUUGGAAGCUUCAUUCACAUGCUAUUUAAAUGCACAGUUAGUAAGGAUUUAUCCAUUCAUUUUUUUCUUCCCAGCGAAUUAAUUUUAGUUUAUAGGGUGUCUUCCUUUGAAAAUGAGCCAGGUUAGAUUUUCAGAAAUGAUUUUUUUCUUUGUUCUUUAUGGAAUAGGGAUAACACCCAUGGUAGCACAGCAUUUUGCUGGUAAUUAGCACCUUUAUUACAUUGGCGCCACACAAUGAUUUGGUUUUCUUUUGUGCCUGAGGCUUUGGGAAUGUAAUGUCUCUUUCCUCCUUUACUUCCCCUUUCCUCUUCACUGUAGGUCUUAUAUACUCUCUUUAAUUACUGUACUCUUCACGAUAAUUAGACAUCAUUCAGUGAAUAAAUUACUUCACUGUAGUCAAAGACAAUAUGGGGAAAAAAAGGCUAGCAUUUUGUGUAAUUGCAAGUUCAUAAGGAAGAUUUAGAGUCUAGUUUGGAGAACCAAUUAGUUACUUUAGAUACUAAUAAAUGAUCCCUUGAGUUUGGUUAGUUCUCUGUCCAGAGCCUUAUGCUGACUUCCCUAGCAGUGUGUAACCUUCCUCCACGUCAGAAGCAAGCCUGCCCUUUGAUAAAUCUGCCUUCCUCAGAAUCUAAAUCAUGCUUUCAUCUUCAGAUCCAGACAGAAAUUGAAAACACUCCCCCAUGCCUCUCAUCAGUUUUCUUCCAAUCUUGUCAUCUUUGGAGUUUCAACUU